AUGGGCGAUGACCCUUUCCAAAACCCUGGCAAACCCCUGGCGCCUUUGAUACAACUUCAGUCGAAAGAUCAUGAAGAGAUCCUCAACGUCAUUGACCAAUUUAGGUCGGAAGGCAUCAGCAAAUACGUCAACCUUCCACAACUGAUCGUGUGUGGUGACCAGUCAUCGGGCAAAAGCUCUGUUUUGGAGGCGAUCUCAGGCUUAUCAUUCCCAGUCAAGGACAAUGUUUGCACCCGUUUCGCUACUGAGCUCAUUUUAAGACGCUCGCCGAAGGUGGGUAUCAAAGCCUCUAUUCAUGCUGACGAGGCACGACCAUCAGCCGAGCAAGACCGCAUCCGAGGGUUCAGGUCGUCAACAAUCGAGCUUAAUGAUUUUGCAAGCAUUGUCAGAGAAGCAGAACGAUACAUUGGCGUCGGCCAAGAGGGCCAUCUCUUUUCGAAGGACGUCCUCCGCGUAGAAGUAUCAGGACCCACACAACCUCAUUUGACCCUUGUCGAUCUUCCCGGGCUUUACCAUGCGCCUGACGAGUUCCAGAGUGCAGAGGGGGUUGACUUCGUGGAGUCAUUGGUCUUGUCCUAUAUUCGAAAUAAGCGCAGUGUCAUUCUGGCAGUUAUCUCCGCCAAAAGCGACAUUGCGCUACAAAAAGUCACCGCUUUCACACGCAAAGUCGACCGAGUGGGAAAUCGAACGAUGGGCAUAAUAACGAAACCAGACACUCUGCCCGAGAAUUCUGAAAUGGAGCGAUCUUUUUAUGACCUAGCCAUGAACACUCGGCUCACAUUCCGGCUGGGAUGGCACGUCCUUAAGAAUCGAGAGCAUAAAGAGCAGCACUAUUCUCUCCAACAGCGUCAUGAAUCCGAAGCAAACUUCCUAGCGCAGGGGAUAUGGGCCGCAAUGCCACGGGCUCUGGUUGGUAUCGAUUCCUUGAGACCUAGGUUGAGUACCGUGCUCAAGGAUCAUAUCAUAUCGCAGCUACCAGGUCUCAUUGCUGAAGCUCAACGGUCAUGCAAAGUCGCAGAAUCUGCCCUACAAAAAUUGGGGAAAGCACGACAAACAUUGGCGGAUCAGCGCCGAUACCUCCUAGACGCAAGCGACUGUUUCACGACUCUCGUAGGCCAUGCCAUAAAUGGAAUCUACACCAGCCCCUUCUUUGGAGAUGCUAUGGAGGACGAAGGUUAUGAGAGGAGAUUGCGUGCCGUGGUUCAGAAUCGGCUCACUGAUUUAGCCCAGACAAUGGAAGAACGGGGGAUGCAAAGAGUGAUUAUCGACGACGACGACGAGAUGGACCCUGAGGAGAACCAAAUUCUCCGUUCUGACUUUGUCGACGAAGUUAAACAACGAAUGCGUCGAAGUCGAGGACGAGAGUUGCCAGGGACAUUCAACCCUCUUAUCAUAGGUGAUCUGUUUUAUCUGCAGAGUAGGCCAUGGGAAUCGAUUGUGGCCGACUGCAUCGACAACCUCCUUGGGGACGUCCGGAAGGCCAUAAUCCCCAUGUUACAGGACAUUUUGGACGAAAAGAGCUUCAGAGGACUUCUGGAACAUGUGAUUAAUUCCGGUAUCGAAAAGAUCGAAGAAACAUUGCGCGUCAAGACAACCGAGCUCCUGAAGCCUCAGCAAUCGAGGCACGCAAUAACCUACAAUCACUAUUUCACAGAAAGCGUCCAAAAGGCGCGUGAAGAGCGGCUCUGCAAAUAUUUGCGGGCAAAUCUCAAGGAAUUUUUUGGAUCAGAAUAUCCACUGUGCGAAUCCGUGAAGCAGAAACAAACGUUCAGAAUGGAUGAGUUGAUUGCUGCACUCGGGACCCAAACAGAAGCCAAUAUGGAACGUUUUGCAGCUUCUGAAGCGAUCGAUUGCAUGCUAGCUUACUACAAGGCGAGUCCUCUCGUUGCGAGAAAGAAAUUCGUGGAUGAUUUCAGCAUCCUUGCUGUCGAAAAUUGCCUCCUGGAUAGCUUGGCUGUCAUUUUCUGCCCGGGGAGUGUCGCACUGCUAUCCGAUGAGACCAUCAAGGCAAUUGCCGAGGAAGAUGAGGGAUCUAGGAUUGAGCGCAAGCGAUUGGAACAGAGGGUGAAGACGCUCAACAGCGGUCUACGUCGACUUCACCGCUUUGAUCGACACAACCUGUCAGUGCAAAGGUCGUCGGAUGAGGAAAGUCGUCGGGAUAGCGAGAGCGUGCUGGAGGCGUUCGCGAAUGACGAGCCGGCUAGCGAAAUCAAUGGCAACGAUCUCAUCGAGGAUGACGGAAGGAAAGACUCAAGGAGCUCUGCCAGCCUGGCUCGGUCACCUGUUUCCUUAAACGACGACAUUACCAUGUCACCUGCCGGUGAAGAGGUAACGGUGCCCGAACUGGAUUCUCUUGUAGGAUUCGAAGGCAAGGCGCGACCACGCAAAAAGAGACAUUCGAAGGCCUCAAUGUGGGAGGGAGGGACGUGA